CCCUGCUAGGGAUCAAAGUAACUCUUUUAUGAUAUAGGCCAAAUUUUUGUAUACUAUUUAUUAGGAUAAAAUAAUAUUGCUAACAACAUUUUCCAUCUUUGAUGUAAACAUAACACACUUCUUCAAUACCUCACCGUGCAUGGAAUUAUUUGUUAUAAGAAAUCUUGUGCUCAUCUCGUAAAUAUCUAAACUAAAAUAAGUUCUUGUAUAAAUCAGGUUCUUUAUUUUUAUUUAUAAUUUGCAAAAUAAUUAGGAAUUAUGUGGCUAACUAAUAGUAGCCUUAACUAAAUCAAUGUCAAACAACUGUUCCUCUAUCGCAUUGCUAUUAUAAACUAUUAGGAAUCGCCGUGAAAAUACCCUGUUUGAAACUAUAAUGUCCAUAUUUAACUAAUUUUAUUUGCUAUUCAGUAUUUUUGAAGUUUGACGAAUGUUAUAUGAUGUAUUGUUAUGUAAUUUAGUGGAGUUAUUAGUGUUACAUCGGUAUAUAUCAUAGUCAUUAUGGUCGCGUCAUGUUCGUAUCUCUGAUAACAGACAUAAAUAGCUUAACAUAUAUGGCUCUAUUGUCGCCUCGAGUGCAUUGAAGUAUAUAUUAAUUCGUAGGGACGUGGCACACGGGCAUCAAAAAUGGCGCCAGUAGUACGCGCGAUAGACACGUAUCAACCAAUCGCGUUCUAUAGCGUUCCAUCUAGGCGCAUCAAUAGAAAACGUUCAGUCGAAAUUAUACGAGUAUGAAUUACUUAGUCUUUACUUUUGAAAUCUUUGGUCGUGUGUUUAGUUUGCAACCGUAUCAGUAUAUCUCCAGACGUCGAGAGCGAGCGUUGCUAAUAUGUGGCGAAUAAACUCAUAAACGCGUAAUCUAUAAUUAAAAUAAACUUAUUUCGGUAUCAGCUGUCAUCAUGAGUCAUCAGACGAAGAGAAAGAUACAAUAUUCGGCGGGAUUAUGCGCGGCUUCAAACUUCAUGUUCACCGGCGCGGUGAUAUCGUGGUCAUCACCUGCCAUUCCUAAGUUCCAAAGCGGAGAGGCGGAAGUGGAAAUUACCGAGGCACAAAUAUCAUGGAUAGCGUCCCUAUUCGCCCUCGGUGCGAUCCUGGGGUGUUUCAUCGGACACCCGCUGUUGGACCGCGUGGGCCGUCGCAAGGCGCUCCUCUGUGCGACGCUGCCUGGAAUCAUAGGUGCGGGAAUCAUACUGGUCUCGAAGUCAGCUGAGAUGUUGUACUUCCCAAGAAUACUGUGUGGGGUUUCAUUAGGAAUGACAGCCGUGGUAGUAAUGAUCUACAUAACAGAAAUAGCUGAUAAAGAGAUCAGAGGCGCGUUAGGCAUGUCUGUCCAAGUGACGAACAACCUUGGCAGUCUACUCGUCUACUGCGUCGGUCCGUUCGUCACAUACUACGCGCUCAACGCUCUGGUCCUCGCCAUUCCUAUCGUCAAUUUGCUGAGUUGUCUAUGGUUGCCUGAGUCGCCGUAUUACCAUGUGAAAGAUGGCAGAAUCGAGGCCGCUAGGAAAGAGUUUAUGAAAUUAAAGGGAACUAAUGAUGAAAAGUGGGUGGACGAGCAGUUAGGAGUCAUACGGGUACAUAUGCGGGAAAGCAUGGAGAAUAAAACUACCCUCUGGGAGCUGGUUUCAAACAUGAAGUAUAGAAGAGCUUUAUAUAUUGUAACAGGCCUGAAGAUGUUACAAUACAUGACCGGCGGGAUGGCCAUCCAAGCAUACCUCGAAGUCAUUUUCAGACAAAGCAGUUCCAUAUCUGGGCCACUCGUCAGUAUAGUCUAUGGUUUCGUACAAGUUGUCACAGGAGUGGGCGGAGCACUGCUAGCCGGCUACUUCGGUCGACGGAUCCUCAUGUUCGUCUCAGACUUAGGAGUAGCGCUCUCCAUGAGUGCCCUAGGCUUGUACUUCUACCUCCAAGAUUCCGUCCAACUCAGCCCAGAGACUUUAUCUACAAUUUCCUUCUUACCUCUAAUAGGGUUGUUCGGGUUCAACAUAUUUUAUUCCGUAGGUAUAGGCAUGUUACCUUACGUUAUGCAAGCAGAACUGUUUCCUAUGAAUGUUAAGACUGCCGCAUCCAGUUCAGCGACUGUGAUGGCCUGUAUCAUGAGCUUUGCCACAACCAAAUGUUACCAUGGAAUCAGAGCAGGCUUGGGACACUCCGCUGUGUUCUGGGCCUUCGCUAUAGUAGGUUAUGUAGGCUUAUUUUUUAUAUACUUUUUCGUGCCUGAAACUAAGGAUAAAACGUUGGAAGAGGUGCAGGAUAAUAUGCAGGAGAGGAAUCAAGAGGCUACAGCACUUAAACAUGUGGAGGAUAUUCAUUGAUCUACCUAUAUUAGAGUACAUUGAACAGAUUGAUACACCGCCAUUAAGUUGAAGUAAUAUCCAAAAUAAAAUUGUCGAAUAAGUCACCUGAGGCAAAUGCAACUUUUCAAGGUAUGUUUUAAACGCAGUAUGUAAGUAUAACUUCGGUAAAUAUAUAAAUUUGAUGAUCAUAAUUUGAUCAAGAAAGUUGUGAUAGUUCUAAAAUGUUUGUUAGUUUGUCUUUGAGACGCAUUUACCUGAGGUGGACCUGUAGAGCAUAUCAAGAUUAUUAUUUAUUAUAAAUGGGCUUACUCUUGGCCACAGACUAGCUAAAGGCAAAGACGUGGCCUACGAUGGAGUGAGCUCGCCCAGAAGAUGCCUGUUCAGGUUCGCCCUUGAUUUGAAGGUUGCCGGACAAACUCCUUGUUGAAUAAAUAUUGUGCUUUCGACUCUUCAAAUGAGGCAGAUUGUCAUCUCUAAGAUUACAAGACUUGUAAAUAAAAGUACAACAAACCUAAUCAGUGACAAGAAACUAAUACCUAAGUAUAUUGAAUGAAAUAUUAUUUGGUUCCUUUAAAAGGUGUGUGCUUAAACAUUCAUAAAACAUAGUAACUAAAUAUAAGGCUAAUAUUGAUAUUUACUCGAGCGUAUCAAAUAAUGUUUAAAUGGAACUAGACGUAAACAAGCAUUACCUGUGAUAAGAUAGUGCAUAAUGUGUUCAUAACUAGAGUUUUCUUUUUAUACCAUAAUAAUAUAUUAUAUAUUUGUAUGUACUAAUUUGACAUAUUUAUGAAUGAGUGAAAAAAUCUUGUAUUAGGGCCGGUUGCAUCAAACCGUCCGUCACCGUUAAAGCGUUCGUUAAAUUUUAUUGUAUGGGAAGUUCCAUAGAAGCCUGCUGCGUGACGAUGAUUUUCUGUCAAAUGUGGUUGAUGCAACUGACCCUAAGAAAUGGACCGAUAAAAUGUAUCUAACAAUAUUUCUAAUAUUCGAAUUCGGCUAACUUUGUUCGACACACCCGUUUACUUAAUAAAACACCAAAUGUGACCAUACAAUUGUAUUCUGUUGAAUAAAAAUAUGAAAUACA